AUUUUGAUGUAAAUUGCAAACAAGAUGUCGGAAGUUGAUAUUGCCGAAGAAAUUACGAAUGGUGACGACUCGGCCUUCGAGGAACAACAACCUUCGGAAGAUCACUCGGAGGAGACCCUGACAGUUCACUCAAUACAAAAUGCAAUUCCAAUUGCAAGCGAACACGAUGCAGUCUACGUAACUUCUUCUCACGACCAAGACUACGUUACUUCUGAAUAUGGCGAAGGGAAAAGCACGCACAUUAUUAUCCAUGAAGCAAUUCAUGAAUCUGGGCUGAAAUCUCCCGCUACCCCUCUGCCUCCACCAACUCCAGCAACCCCAUUGAGCAAGGAACGUGGAUUCAAAUACAAUUGGGACGAGUCCGUUGAUGAUGAUAUUUUACCAGUGAGAUGCAAAAAUACCAGUGGAGAGCUCCACAAAGCAAAAUUUGGUUCAGGUGGAAGGGGCAAAUGUAUUCGACAUCAUGAUAUCUGGUAUACACCAAAUGAAUUUGAAAACUUUGCUGGUCGGGCCAGUAGUAAGGACUGGAAACGAAGCAUUCGUUACGGCGGCAGAACUCUACAAUGCCUCCUUGAAGACGGAAUAUUGCAAGCACAUGCCACAUCCUGCACGUGUGCUGCGUGUUGUGAUGAUGAGACUGUGGUAGGUGGAUCAUGGGCAGGACCUGUACGUCUAUUUGUUCCAUACAAGCGGAAAAAGAAAGACAGCGAGGCUGGUGGGCCAUCAACACCAACUAUCAAGAAAAUGAAAAAACACAUGGAGAAUACUGUGACCUUAAGUGCAGCAAAUUUUCCCCACCCGGUCAGAUUGGCCAGUGCCUCACUCAAUGGUGAAACUGUACACAUUCUCACAUCUGAUCCCUUGUCUGGUGAGACGGUGAUGAUGGCCCCAGGUCCUGUCAGUGGUCAGAUGAGUCCAGGCGGCAAGAGCAUCACACUCAGUGUGGACAUGCCCGAGCAGAAACAGUGGUGGCAACUUGAAGAGAUGGCCAACAGCAUGAUGCAGCAGGCGAACCAGUUCAAGUUGAUGGUGGAGCAGAUGAAACAGCAGACCAUGGCCUACAAAGAGGCGGCCGUCAACCAGGUCAAGCAGCAAAUGGAGAAGAAGCUGCACGAUGUUCAGAUGGCAAUGCAGCGGACGAUAAUCGACGAGAGGAACAAGCAUCAGCUGGCUUUACAGGACGCCAUCAACCGGACACGCCACGAGAUGGCAGAGAAGGAGGGGGCAAUCACCGUGGUGACGUAUGAAGGCUGGACAGGGCAGACACAGCAGGGCCAUAUUCCAAACAUCAUGGUGGCUACUGAGGCUGACACUGGGAAGCAUUAGUGUGCUGAUUGUUUUUUGUAAUGUUAUAAUUUUAUAUGACGCCCUGGGAAAUUGGGACUUAAUGUAGUCCGCAUAGAUUUCUCAUUUAAAGGAAGUCUAUUUUUAGCCAAAAUCCCUUUUAGGCAGAAAGUGUCGUCACUGAUUAACCUAUGCUGUCUGCACAAGCUAAUCUGGGACAACACUUAACGCACAAGAAUGAAACCCUCUUUUCCCAACUGAAUUUGCCACAAGAAGGCAGAGAAGGAGGGGGCCAUAACCGUGGUUACGUACGAGGGCUAGACGGGGCAGUCACAGUUUGGCCAUUUAAUUAUUCCAAACAUGGUUUCGACUGAGGCUGACACUAGGAAGCAUUAGUUUGAAAUGUGUUUUUUGUAAUGUUUUAAUUAAGCUGUUGCUGUUCUUUUUACCAGUUUUACAAUGAGUUUCGCUCUUGAAAAACAGGGUUUAAUGCAUGUGCAUAAAUUGUCUUCCCAGAUUAGCUUGUGCAGUUUGUGCAGGCUAAUCAGGGACGACAUUUUUUGCCAAAACUGAAUUUUCGCUUAAAAGAGACUUUCUUUUAACGAAAAAUUCCAUAAAAGCGGAAAGUCCCUGAUUAGCCUGUGCAGACUGCACAAGCUUAUGCUAACAUGACGCACAUUCAUUAAACCUCGUGAUUCAUAUAGCGUGUCUGAUAAUGUUUGUUGUAUGUUGUCUCUUGACAGUCACUAGCCAAUCAGCAUAGCAACGUUUAUAGGUCCUGUUUCCUUUCAAUGGAUUUUCUUAGUUUCAAAAGAGAUAUGCACAUAUUCAUGAAUUGUAGUUUAUUGGUCAGUGUAUAUUCACUGUUUAACUUGUCCUUUGGUGAAAAUCUGGUUUCUGAGUAUGAUUGGAGAGAGAUAUAAUUUGAGAUUACUUUUUGUGGACACGUAUAUGUAACUAUUGCUUGUUUUUAGUUCUGAUUGUUAAAAAUUAAGGUUAAAGGUAUUCAAAGGCUUACAAUUUCUAUCCACAAUAUAAUUGUUUACUUCAGAUUAUUUACUUAAUUUGAUGCUAGCAUUUGGCCUAUUACUUGCCUUUUCAAGAUCUUAAAUUUAAAAACAAUUUAAAUUUUGGAAAUGCCCAUCAGAAAAAAGUUUUAACCUAAAUCAAGCGCACACAGUUGGAAAUAGUGUUUUGAGAGUAGAUAACUAUUUGUAAGAUGUUUAAACAUUCAAGAAAGUGGCAUUCUCAUUUGAUGAUUACAAAUCUGAUUGUUUUCAAAAUAAGAGAAUAACAAGUGCUAUUUACUGUUAUUUUAUUUUAAACACAUUAAAUAAUUAUUACACCAAAUCAGUUCUAAAUUAAAAGGUCAUUUUCGAAUGGCUUUAAUUUCCAAGCAUUGUUAUAUUUUAAAUAUGUUUUUACCAUUCUGUCAUGAAUUGUACAAUUUGCUGACCUGAUUACUUUUUAUAAAAGUUGAUAUUUAGUCAUUCAUUUGUACCAAAUGUAUACAUGAUAUUGAAUUCCCAAUAUUCCUGUUACAUAGAUGUUAGUGAAUGUCAUUGCAAACAGUGCUGUGUAACAGUGAUUGUGUAGUAGUAUUGUGUCCAUUCAUAGCAAUAGUGUUAUCAAUAUUGUGUCCAUUUGUUAUACCCCCAUUACCAUUGGUAAUGGGGGCUAUAUAGGAGUCACUUUGUCGGUCGGUCAGUCUGUCUGUCUGUCCCGAAAUUUCAUCCGAUCUUCACCAAACUUGGUCAGAAGUUGUAUCUAGAUGAUGUCUAGGUGAAUUUUGAAUAUGGGUCAUGCCAGGUAAAAAACUAGGUCACGGGGUCACUUAGUGUGUUUUAAAUUGAAAGUUUGUCCGGACCAUAACUAUGUCAUUUAUCGUUAGAUUUUAAAAUUACUUGGUACAUUUGUUUACCAUCAUGGGACGGUGUGUCGUGUGAAAAAAGUAUGUAGAUAUAUUAAAGGUCAAGGUCACACUUGGAGUUCAAAGGUCAAAUGCUUGUCCGGGCCAUAACUUAGUCAUUUAUUGUGAGAUUUUGAAAUCAUUCAGCAAAUUUGUUCACCAUCAUUGGACGGUGUGUCGCGUGAAAGAAUUACGUCGAUAUCUCAAAGGUCAAGGUCACACUUUGAGUUCAACCAUCAUAAUGAGCUUGUCCGGGCCAUAACUAUAUCAUUCAUUGUAAGAUAUUAAAAUCAUUUGGCACAUUUGUUCACCAUCAUUGAACAGUGUGUUGCGCGAAAGAAUUACAUCGAUAUCUCCAAGGUCAAGGUCACACUGUGAGUUCAAAGGUCGAAAAUGGCCAUAAAUGAGCUUGUCCGUACCAUAACUAUGUUGUUCAUUGUGAGAAUUUAAAAUCAUUUGGCACAUUUGUUCACCAUCAUUGGAUGGUGUGUCAGCGCGAAAGAUUUACGUCGAUAUCUCCAAGGUCAAGGUCACACUUUGAGUUCAAAGAUAAAAAAUGGUCAUAAAUGAGCUUUUCCAGGCCAUAACUAUGUCGUUCAUGGUGAGAUUUCAAAAUCAUUUGGCACAUUUGUUCACCAUCAUUGGACGGUGUGUCAUGCGAAAGAAUUACGUCGAUAUCUCCAAGGUCAAGGUCACUUUUUGAGUUCAAAGGUGGAAAAUGGCCAUGAAUGAGCUUGUCCGGGCCAUAACUAUGUCGUUUAUUGUGAGAUUUUAAAAUCAUUUGGCUCUUUUGUUCAUCAUCAUUGGACUGUGUGUCGCGCGAAAGAAUUAUGUGAUAUCUCCAAGGUCAAGGUCACACUUUUAGUUCAAAGGUAAAAAAUGGCAAUAAAUGAUCUUGUCUGGGCCAUAACUUUGUCAUUCAUUGUGAGAAUUUAAAAUGACUCUGUACAUUAAUUUGUUUACAGUCAUUGAACGGCGUGUCAUAUGAAAGAAUUCAAAAGUUCAAAGGUCAAAAUGGCUAUAAAUGAUAAUGGCAUAAUAAUUCUUAAAAAGCGCCAUAAAUUAGAUUCUCUUGUUUUGUGAAGAUAGCGUGCAAAAUAGUCUGUGUCAAUGCGGCACGUGGGGGUAUACGUCACGUCUGUGACAAAGCUCUAGUUUUGUAGUUAUUAAGAUAAUCUGUAAUGUAAUGAAACAAGAAUAGAUCAAUACCAUCAUUUUGCAUUACUGAUCUACAGGCCAUGCCAUAUUCAGAUCAUUUGGUCAAAAAAUAUGUGCACUUAAAUCAUGUGAUUUUUACAAAGUUUUGGGAAAAAUGGUAAGACCGAAUAGAAGUUGUUCUUUUAAUUGUUUCAUUACAUCAUUUUAAAAUCCAAAAAGUCUAUGACAAGCAAAACCAAAACAAAUAUAUGCUUUGUUUUGUGAAAACUGGGUGUAAUGCAUUGGCAAAAAGUGUCUUCCCAGAUUAGCCUGUGCAGUCUGGGCAAGCUAAUCAGGGACAACACUUUCCACCUAAACUGGAUUUUUGUUGAAAAGAGACUAACGAAAAAUUCCAUAAAAGCUGAAAGUGUUGUCACUGAUAAGCCUGGUUGGACUGCACAGUCUAAUCUGGGACGACACUUAACGCACAUAAGCCCAUUUUCCAUGAACAAGGUUCAUAUGAACCAAGGCUCACUUCAAUUUGUGAUCUUCCUUGUACAAGUUGUUGAGCAUCAUUAAGGUCUACUUGUGCAUGUUUGUGAACUUUUUUGUUGAACAGUUAUUGGGUAUUGUAUCAAUACACUCAAUUGUUUCUUGUUAAAAUUAUGUUCCAAAUUAAAUGUUUAUCUGAAUUGUGAGAAAAAUAACGAUUUAUAAACUUUUAAAGAUACUUGCAUGUUAACCACACUUGAAGGAAAGAUCAGGCCCCGUGUUCACAAAACAUUUUUGAAAUCGAAAAUCAAUUUUGCUUGUCAUUGAAAAUGAAUUUCCAUUGUAGUUGAUAGGCAAAAAUGCAUAUCGAUGUCAGUUAAAAUCGAUUUUUGAUUGCAAAAUGGUUUUGUGAACACGGGGCUUAAAGUAUGGUAAUCUAUUUGUCUGCCAGUUUACAUAUAGCUUAUUACACAUUUUUUGCUAUGCAAGUACAUGUUCAACCACAUCUGAUUAUUGCAUUUUGUUGCGUAUCAUUCUUCAUCAAAUUGGCAAUGCCUAUGAAGAAUAAAAAUAUCUUAUUUAAGCAUUGUACAUAUUUGCAUGAGAUGUGCCAUUUUCGGAUCCUUAAUUUUAUAUAUUCAAUAUUUCACUCAUUGGUUGUCUUCAAAAUCAUCUCCCUCACACAGAGUUCAUAAGUGUGUUUUUAAAUAUUUUUGCUAAAUUUAGGCAUGUAUUAUAUGCAUGUAUAUGCAAGUGAUAAGAGAUUUGUUGAAAAUGUUCAGCUGUGUACAUAGCUUUUUAUGUUUAUUGAGAGCUACAGAUGUAAUCUUUGGUUCAUACAAUAAAAUAUGCCAUUUA